UUAGCUAGGGUUCAGCGAGGGAUAAAAUAUUGUGGCAUAUGGUACGCGUUCAGCGAGAGAACGACGACGGAAAAUUUAUUUGGGGUGCGCGCGUUUUCUUUUUUCUCUUGCUGAAAUUGGCACCCAGUUCCAUCUUCACGAAGGCAGUAUGACGACGCCACUCACCCAAUUCCGGCAACCUCCAUAUCUUUAAAUCUGAAAGUAUUCUUCGUUAACCUCCGAUUCAGUCAUUAUGUCAACACGUAGUGAUAGAGACUGGAUGUACAAAAGGUUAGAUCAUGGGUAUCUUAGCACAACAUAUCAUGCAUCCGUCAAAGGAUUUCUCGAUGUUGCUUUUUCUAAUGAAGAAACCGUUGAUGGGGAUUAUAUUAGAUGUCCUUGUUUUAAAUGCAAGAACAUGUCUUAUAAAACAAGAGGUGAUGUAGAGCUUCACUCGUUACAACGCGGUUUCAUUCCUAAUUACACAACUUGGUGGGCACAUGGUGAAAGAAAUACGAUAUCUGAACAUGAGGAAGAAUCUUCUAAUCCGAUGCAGGAUCCGAUGGAAGAUGAUGAUGAUGAUGAUGUUAAUGGGUGUACACAAAUGUUGAUGGAUGUAAUGGAGGAACUCCCGAAUCCAACUGCCAAGGGGUUCUAUGAUAUGUUAGAAGACGCUGAUGAACCUUUGUGGGAUGGAUGUGAAAAUUAUUCAAAAUUACAAGCUGCAACAGAGUUGUUGCAUUGGAAGUCAGAAUACAAUAUAUCUGAGGCUGCCUAUGAUCACAUACUUCCUAUAAUUAAGCGGAUGCUACCCAAAGGUGAUAAACUAGUUGAGAACUUCUAUGAGAUGAAGAAGCUUUUGAAAAUAAUUAGACUCCCAGAAAAAAAGAUUCAUGCUUGCAAAAACCAUUGCAUGAUAUUCUAUGGGGUAGAUUCUGAUUUGACUAAGUGUCGAGUGUGUGAUCAUGAUCGGUACAAGAGUGGCAGACGACCUUAUCUGGUUAUGAGGUACUUGCCUAUUGCUCCUAGACUCCAAAGGUUGUAUUUGACAAAAAAGACGGCAAAGCAAAUGACAUGGCACUAUGAACAUCAGACAGAACCGGGUUUGAUGGUCCAUCCAAGUGAUGGUGAGGCUUGGAAGCAUUUCGACUCAAUGCAUCCAGAAUUUUCAAGUGAACCACGGAAUGUUCGUCUUGGGCUAUGCACUGAUGGGUUCAGUCCAAAUAACUCAAAUACAACCCCGUAUUCAUGUUGGCCUGUUUUCCUUUGAAUUUAUAACUUGCCUCCUUGGAUGUGCUUAACAGAACCAUAUGUUCAAUUAAGCAUAGUUAUUCCUGGAAAAAAGAGCCCAUGUCAAAAUAUAGAUGUGUUUCUCAGGCCGCUAAUUGACGAGUUAAAGAUGCUAUAUACAGACGGUGUUGUGACUUAUGAUGCUUCGACUAAAUGCAAUUUCACAAUGAAAACUAUACUUCUUUGGACAGUUAGUGACUUUCCUGCUUAUGCAAUGUUAUCAGGAUGGAGCACACAUGGCAAGUUAGCAUGUCCAUAUUGUAUGGGUGAGUCGGGGUCGUUUCGGUUACACCAUGGUAGUAAACCAUGUUGGUUUGACUGCCAUCGAAAUUUUUUACCUGAACAACACACAUAUAGGGGUGACAAAACAGGAUUUCUGGCUAAUAAGGUUGAGCGAUCUAGCCCCCCACCAAUAUUAACCGGUGAUCAGAUUUGGGAGCAAGUACGAAACUUUCCAACUGUUUAUGAAGGCAAACCUUUUAGAGCGAAGAAUGCAAAAUUGCUUGGUUUUGGGAUUACUCAUAUUAACCGGUGAUCAGAUUUGGGAGCAAGUACGAUACUUUGUCAAUGGUUACAAGUUUCAUACUGAAAAAUAUGGUGAUGGACGGGUCACACACAAUAGUGGUGUAUGUGUAAGAGGGACUUGUUACAAUGAGUCUGAGUGUGACUAUUAUGGGUUGUUGGGUGAGGUUUUGGAAGUAGAAUAUCAAGGCAUACGGCGUUGCGUCGUAGUAUUGUUCAAGUGUAUAUGGUUUAACCCUACUGAAGGGGUACGUGUGGAUCGAAAGCAAAAUUUGGUUGAUAUUAAAUACAAAUCAAGGCUAAGAAAUGAAGAUCCAUUUAUCCUAGCGUCACAAGCAGAACAAGUCUAUUAUGCACCAUAUCCUGCAAUGAAGGAUUUGAAAGAUUGGUGGGCUGUCGUCAAGACGAAACCAAGGGGUGUAUAUGAUCUACGACAAUGUGUUACUGAAGAAGAUGAUGAUGAGGAUGAAGAGGACCAAUUCUUUCAAGAAAGUGAAGCGACUUUACCUUCUACAAGUAGCGGUGCAAAUGAGGUGGCAGGACCCCUUUCUCAUGUAAUUGAAGGAGAAAUAAAAGAAGUUAAUGACAAUGACAUUGAGAGAGAAGAGGAUGAAGAAGUUGAUGAUAACUUGGAUGAUUCAUCCGAAGAUGAUAUUGAAGAUGAAAACAUAUGUGAUGAUAAUUCUGAUGAUGAGUAAUUACUAAAAAUGUAGAAUGAAACAAUGUAUUUGGAACUAUAUAUUUUGCCUAAUGGACCUUAUAAAUAACUUUUUAGCUAAAAUGAUCGUUUUCUUUUUCUAUAUACAUUGAAUUUUCAUUUAUUUGUGUAUUAUAGCAUGUUACCUUCUCUUACUUCUAUAAUUUUCUAUUAUAAUACAUACUUGUUCUAACCAAUAGUUUAUUAAUUCUUGAU